AUGCUCUUCGUGGACUACAGCUCUGCAUUUAACACAAUAAUCCCAGACAUCCUCAUUACAAAACUGACCACCAUCGGCCUGCCCCCUCUCACAUGUGCCUGGAUUAGAAACUUUCUCACCAACCGACCCCAGACUGUGAGACUCGGCCCCCACCGGUCCUCCACCCGCCUGCUGAGCACCGGCUCUCCACAGGGCUGUGUGCUGAGCCCCCUCCUGUACAGCCUCUACACCAAUGACUGCAGUCCGACCCACAACAACCUCAUAGUGAAGUUUUCUGACGACACUACGGUGGUCGGACUCAUCUCAAAAGAGAACAACCUCACUCUGAACACCGGAAAAACCAAGGAGAUCAUCGUCAACUUCAGGAAACAGAACACUGACCCAGACCCCCUCUACAUCAACGGCCAGAGAGUGGAAAGGGUCCACUCCUUCCGGUUUCUUGGCCUCCUCAUCUCCGACAGCAUCUCCUGGUCUGAGAACAUCAACGCCAUCACCAAAAAAGGCUCAGCAGCGGCUGCACUUCCUGAGAGCCGAAUUGAGGAAGAGAAACAAGCAACAGAGCGGAAGAAACGCAAAGAAGAAGAAGAACGCAAAAGAGAAGAAGAGGAGAAGCGGCGGCAGAAGGAGCUUGAGAAGACCAGGAUCAUCCAGGAACAGGUGGACAGAGAGAAUAAGGCGUCCCUCCAGGACCUGUCCCAGGCUCUGGAGGCCCUCCGGCAGGAGCAGAGCCUCCGAGCAAGGCAGCAGCAGCAGAGUCAGGUCCUCCAGCACAUCCUGAAGGGUCCUGCAGCUCACGUAGACAGGGACGAGCUUGGUGAUGUACAAGGACAAUUUGAAGAACUUCUAUCAAUGUAUGAAAUAACAGAGUAUGAAAACUCAACAAGCAAGCUGGAAGACCGGAUGAAGACUCUCCAGAAUGAGCUGACAUUGACAUACCUAGGAGAUCACAAAAACCCUGCUGGGUCACUGUGGGCUUUGGAUCAAGCGACGGGAUAUGUGGAUCUGUCCCUGACUGAGAGGUUCAGUGUUCUGGAGGCAGUGGUGAAGUUCACUCUGGAGCGCGACGCUGAUCUUGAGGAUCCCACAACUGGACAAGACAAGAAGAUUGAAUUCCUUUUCAAUUUGCAAGAUCAGCUUCAUCUUAGGAACCCAACACUGGCCAGACGGGUUUUAGUUGAAAUGACUUCACAGCUGGCUGGAGACUGUAGGGAGAUGUUGAGUCUAAUACUCUUCAACAACAUCUGGACGCCAACAGAAAUCAAGCAUUUCAUUGGAAGGAUCUCAAGCAUGCAUCAAGAAACAGUCAAGCAGAUCCUCCACGAGGUUUGCACCUACAAGCUCGGCUGCAGCCUCGUCCUCGCUGCCCUGGACGAUAAAGAUCCUGUCGGCUACAUUCAGAACCGGGUGUCCUCUGAGGUGGACAAGGACAUCAUCACCAUCUUGGAUGAAAUGCGGGACAAUAACUAUCCAGAACAGGUUCUAUCACAGCUGCACAAUAUUCUGCAGUAUGUUUCAGAAGCGUUGUCCAGAUCUCCAGAUCUAACCAUCACCACAGACCUGAUUAAUAGUGGAAAGAGACAGAUGAUGUCCCUUGAUUUGUCCCAGCCCAGCGCACACAGCUCUCUGAAGAAGAUCCUGCUUGUGUUGUCAUUAGCUCUUAAGGAAUGCACCACAUUCGUUACCACAACUGGUGAAGAGGUCCGAGGCUACUUCCCCAGACUGACUCAGCUCGCGUCCUUACUUUUACUGUUGCUGCCUCAAGUCCAGGACGAACGGGGAUGUCUCCUGGAAAUUGGAACGGGAGAAGGAAAGACCUGCAUUUUAGCCAUGUUUGCUACGAUCCAGGCAGUACGGGGUUUGGCGGUGGACAUCGUGACCAGCUCUCCUUUGCUCGCCAUUCGUGAUCAAGAAGUGUGGCAAAAGUUAUACUCCAUGUUUGGUGUGACAUCGUCCACCGUGCCUCCGCCACAUCAGAAAAGCAGCUCCUCUGUGAAUCGUGACAAGGCGCUUGAAGAUGCGUACAGGAAGCAGGUUGUUUACGGCACUGUUAGCACCUUCGCUGCAGACAUACUGAGGCAGGAGUUUGAGAAGAACCGCACCCGAGGUGACAGGAGGUUUGAGUGUGUGGUGGUCGAUGAGGUGGACUACAUGACCCUGGACAGUGGCGUUGAGGUGACCUACCUGUCUCACCAGGCCAGUGGCCUGAGACAUGUGGAGCAAGUCCUGGCGGCAGGGGCGUCGCCAGGUGUAAUCCCUUAUGGGUUCUGA